AUGCGACGCCGAAAACAUCCCUCGGAGUCCGAAAUCGGUGCAAGUCCGGAGAAUAUUGAAGAAAAUAUGCGGAAAAAGAAAUUUGGGAUCGAACCGACGACUUUCGUGGAAAGUGUGGAGUCGAUGCCUGAGUCGGGUUCGGAGCCAACAUUUCGAGAUUUCGGCUUAGAUGAGCAAAUUUUAAAAGUUAUCGGUGAGCUCGGUUGGGAACGUCCUACGCUAGUGCAAAGCCGAAUGAUUCCGUUGGCUUUCGAGCAUAAAAACAUUCUUGCACGUGCUCGAACUGGAAGCGGCAAAACGGCUGCAUAUAUGCUUCCCAUCGUUCAACGAAUCCUUCAACUCAAAUGUUCAAGUGACGGAAGCACUGGCCCAUUUGCAUUAUUUAUUGUUCCCUCAAAAGAACUAGCAAAACAGGUGCGCAUUUUUUGUUUUGUAUUUAUUUUUGAUGAAAUAUUGCAUUGA